CUCACUGUGCAGAAACGCAACUUAUCUGGGGAGCCGUGCCCUGGCAUUGGUAAGAGCUGCUGGGCCUUUCCUCCUUCGUGCUCGUGCCCAUACUCAAGCGCAGCUCUGCUGAGGACCCCCUGGCCACGUGGGUGUGAAUACCGAGCUGUGUGUGCUGGGUCUGCGGCUGAAAGAGCAGUGUGAAAUAAGGAACUCGGGCAGAGCAAGGCUUCCAGUAAAACGAGUUGGGAUUUCCUGUACUCUGGGAUCCUAAGGAGCUGAUUCAUACUUCCUGGGAUUGUCAGUGCAGUCUUGGUUCGUGACUGAGGGGAAGCAGAAUGAUUGCUGAUUGACUCUUAUCAGCAGUGUUUUAGAUCGUGACCUCCUUCUGCUUGGUCUCUGUCUGAAGCCCCUGUUCCUCCAGACCAGCUCUGUGCCAGUGUGUUGGAUUAUGCGUAAUCCUCUCCUGUACUGUUUCUCUGUGCUCAGGAAUGGCUUCAUCCCAAAUGGUGCUUUGUAAAGAGCACCUUCAGUGCUCAAUAUGCGAGGAAGAUUUUCUCAACCCAGUCUCCCUUCCAUGUGCACACAAGUUCUGCAAGGUGUGCAUUGAAGUGCACUGGGACAUGAAACAUGUGUGUGAGUGCCCUAGGUGUAAGCAGACAUUCCCUAAGAGACCUGACCUGCACAUCGACAGAAACUUUGCCGAAAUCACAGAACAGUUCAAGAGGCGGAAAUUAAGCAGUCCCGAAGAGUGCUCAUCUAAGCCUGGGGACGUGCCCUGUGAUGUAUGCACCGGGAGAAAGCUUGGUGCAGUCAAAUCCUGCCUGGUCUGUCUGGCCUCUUACUGCGAGACUCACAUCCAGCCUCACUAUCAAGCAGCUGCUUUCAAGAGACACAGGCUGAUUGACCCCGUGGACAAACUUGAGGACAAGCUGUGUCAGAAACAUGAGAAACUCCUGGAGCUGUUCUGCAGGACGGACCAGACCUGUGUUUGUCAGUUCUGCACUGAGACAGACCACAGGACGCACAGCACUGUGACUUUAGAGGAGGAAUGCAGAGACAGAAAGGCUCAGGUGCUGAAGACCAAGGCAGAAGUACAACAGAUGAUCCAGGAAAGACUGGGGAAGGUGGAGGAGAUCAAAUACUCACUGGAGCUCAGCACAGUGAGUCCUGCAGGAGUCCUGUUGAGUUCUUCUGUGUGGGGAAUCACAGGACCUUUGACACAUCCAACACGUUUUUCUUUUGCAGAACUGGAGAAGAUAAAGAAAUAUGCAGUGGAUGUGAGUCUGGAUCCCAGAACCGCAGGUCCCCAUCUCGCCCUGUCUGAGGAUGGGAAGGAAGUGAGAUACUGCACAGGAACCCAGACGCUCCCCGACACUCCGGAGAGAUUCAGUGACGACGUCUGCGUCCUGGGCAGAGAGGGCUUCACCUCGGGGAAACACUACUGGGAGGCGGAAGUGAGGCAGAAGACUGAUUGGGCAGUAGGGGUGGCCAGAGAUUCUGUCAAGAGGAAGGGGGAGGUGUUCCUGUACCCCGACAAUGGCUACUGGACCUUGUGCCUCAGUAGUCGGAAAGGCUUUGAAGCGUGCACUUUCCCCCCAACCCCACUUUCCCAGAGCUUAAAACCCCGGAGGGUGGGGGUUUAUGUGGAUUACGAGGAGGGGCAGAUCUCCUUUUAUAACGUGAAAGCCAGGUGCCACAUAUACACUUUCCGGCACACCUUCAAUGAGAAACUGUAUCCUUUCUUUGACCCCUGUUUAGAUUCCAGUGACGCCGAGCCGCUGAUCCUCUGCCCUGUGAAUCCCACUGAGGGAAGCAGGGUCUGUUAAAACAGACC